UUAAACGGAUUAGAAGAAAGUAACGAUGGGACAAUGUUUAAAAAAAAAUGGAAUCCGAAUAGUUACUAAUAGCGCGAAUAAAAAAUGUAUCUGAAUAUAAAAGGGGCGUAAGAAGAAAAUCAGAGUUGCACAUUAAGAGCGACAAAGUCGAUGAAAUGUCAGGGCUGUGCAUCGUUUGGGUUAUCCUAUCCACUCUGGCAUCGAUACUCGCCUGCACUGGUUUUUAUUUGCCUUACUGGAUCCAGGGAAGACUUCUCGGCAAAGCAGAUGCAUACUUUAGUUCCUUUCGACGCUGUAAUUAUCCAAGAAUCAGGACACCCCAUAAUGCGCCGGAGAUAGUUUACCAAUGCGCUAGGUACUCUAGCUUUUGGGACAUCCCAAGUCCCUGGUGGCAGGCGAGCACAGUAACUAUCAGCUUCGGUCUCACCAUCACCGUGAUUGGAACACUCACGCUUCUCGCCGCCGCUACGUCUUUCCUGCCUCACGUACUCAAAACGCCCAAGCACACGAGGAUUCUUGGCUCGCUUCAACUUCUUGCCGCGACGAUGAUCUGCGGGGGUUUGAUAAUGUAUCCUAUCGGUUGGGACAAUCGUGAAGUGCGAGAGUCCUGCGGAAAGGGUGCAAAUGUCUACAAUCUUGGUAGAUGUUCGAUAUCGUGGUCGAGUUACCUGUUAGUCGGUGCGGUGGUACUGCUCAUGUUGUGCUUUGGGCUGAGCUUCUGCGCGGCGCGACACAAGCCGAACCAUGGACCCAAUGACCCUCUGCGCAUUUGACAAUCGAGGAAAUCGAUCGACGCCUACUCGACGGCGCCAAAGGAGACGACUAAGCUGUCAAUCGUCACGGUUUGUUGAUCCCGUGGCGCUCGCGCGACAUGACCGAUCGCGCGGCGCCUUCGCACCCUCUUCCGUUCGUACGCCUUCAAGUUGCUGCUGCUGUUGUUGAUGAUGAUGAU